CCCGUCCCCCAGUAUUCUCUGUGCAACGAGCCCCUGAUUGAGCUGUCGAACCCGGGCGCCAGCGGUUCCCUGUUCUACGUCACAAGGGACGACGAGUUCAUCAUCAAGACCGUGAUGCACAAGGAGGCUGAGUUUCUGCAGAAGCUGCUCCCCGGAUACUACAUGAACCUGAACCAGAACCCUCGCACCUUGCUGCCCAAGUUCUACGGGCUCUACUGCAUCCAGUCCGGGGGAAAGAACAUCCGCAUGGUGGUGAUGAACAAUGUCCUGCCGCGCGUCGUCCGAAUGCACCUCAAAUACGACCUCAAGGGCUCCACCUACAAGCGACGCGCCUCCAAGAAGGAGCGGGAGAAGUCCAGCCCCACCUUCAAAGACCUGGACUUCAUGCAGGAACUGCAAGACGGACUCAUGCUGGACAUGGACACGUACAGCGCGCUGGUCAAGACGCUGCAGAGGGACUGCCUGGUGCUGGAGAGCUUUAAGAUCAUGGACUACAGUCUGCUGCUGGGGGUGCACAACCUGGACCAGGCAGAGAGGGAGAGUCAGAGCGAGGGCUCCCAGGGCACCAGUGACGAGAAGAGGCCUGUGGCGCAGAAAGCACUCUACUCCACCGCCAUGGAGUCUAUCCAGGGAGGAGCGGCCAGGGGCGAGUCCAUCGACACGGACGACACGAUGGGCGGUAUCCCUGCAGUGAACGGAAAAGGAGAACAGGUGUUACUCUACGUAGGAAUCAUCGAUAUCCUGCAGUCAUACAGGUUAAUCAAGAAACUGGAGCACACCUGGAAGGCUCUGGUCCACGAUGGGGACACGGUCUCAGUGCACAGGCCGAGUUUCUACGCAGACAGGUUUUUUAAGUUCAUGACGAGCACAGUCUUCAGGAAGAACUCCUCGUUGAAGUCUUCUCCUUCCAAGAAAGGGCGGAUAGCGCUGACUGUGCCCAGGUACAGCAGCCCCGGGGCUGCGUUCUCUGCCAGCCAGCUCCUCUCCGAGAGAGAUGAGAACAUCUACGACCUGCGAGGGGUGCGCAGCUUCCCCACACUGGAGGACGAAGGUCGCUCAGACCUCCUGCCCUGCACGCCGCCGUCCUUUGAAGAAGCAACGACAGCGUCCAUCGCGACGACCCUGUCCUCCACGUCUCUGUCCAUCCCAGAGCGCUCUCCCUCCGACACUUCAGAGCACCCGCGAUACCGGAGGCACACCUCAUCAGGGCAUGAUGGGAGGUCACACGAGGAGGUGCGCGCGCAUGAGGAUGAGCAGCAGCAGCAGAUCACGGUGGAGGUGGAGGUGAAGAGACCCGACAGCGAAGCCGCCAUCGUCCCCGACGCUUCUCCAGAGACCAGCGAGCCCGCCUCGGCGCCAGGGUCGGUACCGCCCAGUCCGAAGGUGAUCGUGGAGCCGGACUGCGCCAGUCAGCUCUCUGAAUCCACCAGCCACGCCUCUGCCGAGGAGGAGGAAGUGCCCGUCACGGACAUCUACUUUUUCUCUGAUGGAAGAUACUGGAUUUAUUCCCCCGUCCCACAGCGCAGGUCCAGAUCACACACAGACUGUGACGUUGGUCCUCCAGAUGAAAGGACUUGGGUUUACUCUCCACUUCACUAUAAUUCGCAGGCGCCCCCCGAUUCGGACGGGGAGGGUGAAACAUAAUUCCAAGUGCGGAUAGCACGUGAGACGGGAGAAGAGAUGGAGGUAUGUUUUUGACGGACUCUGUUGCCUCAGGGAGACUCUUUGACUCUGCGGUGUUUGAAAUCCAGAUCCAAAGGCUUCCGGAGAGAAUACACCCACCACCCCCCCCCCCCCCCCCCCCCCC